AUGGAUCAGGCUGAGGUCAGAGUUCUGCCCUCUAGAACCGCUCUGUGUGGAGAACAUGAGAUCCAAAGCAAAGAGCACAGACAUGAACCAGAACCAGAACCCAACUGUUUGUCCACGCUGAGCAAAAGUAUUUUGUGGGACUUUAAAGGUGAACCUUCAUCCAACAAACAUAUCCAUCAGAAAGUCAGGUCUGAAGCAGAACCUGAACCCAGGCACGUUCCCUUUGGAAGCGACGGGUCAAAGUGUCUGGAUUUUGAUGUGACAUCGGACCAGCCUCCUGCUGCAGACAGGGUGGACCAGCAGAGCUCUGAGGGUGCCAGUGGUCAGCCUGCUCAGCACAGUCAAACACAGCUGGACUCCAUAUUUGUGCUGCUGGAGGACAUCAUGGUCACUUUUGUGAAGAAUGAGCUGAAGCUGGUCAAAAAGGUUCUGAGUCCAGAUUGCCCAGAGUGCUUUGAGAGUCAGAAAGAAGAUGAAGAGGAGAGGAGGGAUAUCAAGGAGGCGUUUGUCAAGAUGACUCAGCACUUCCUGAGGGGGAUGAAACAGGAGGAGCUGGCUGACCGUCUGAAGAGCAAACAUUUUGCUGCAGUUUGUCAACAUGAACUGAAAUCUGAUUUGAAGAAGAAGCUCCAGCGUGUGUUCGAGGGGAUUGCUAAACCAGGACACAAUAUCCUUCUGGAUCAGAUCUUCACCGAGCUCCACAUCACAGAAGGAGGGACUGGAAAGAUCAAUGAUGAACACGAGGUCAAGCAGAUUGAAAUUACAUCCAAAAAGUUAAGCAGACCUGAAACAACCAUAAAACGGAAAGACAUUUUUAAAGUGCCACCUGGAAAAGAUGGUCCAAUCAGAACAGUGAUGACGAAAGGAGUGGCUGGCAUCGGGAAAACAAUCCUAACUCAGAAGUUCUCAUUGGACUGGGCUGAAGACAGAACUAAUCAGGACAUCCAGUUCUUGUUCCUGUUCACCUUCAGAGAGCUGAAUAUGCUGAAAGAGAAAGAGUUACCGAAAAGCUUGGUGGAACUUGUUGAUCACUUCUUUACUGAACCCAAAAGAGCAAAAAUGAUCCUGUUAGAAAAUUUCAAGUUUCUGUUCAUCUUUGAUGGUCUGGAUGAGUGUCGACUUCCUUUGGACUUUCGUAACAAUCAGAUCAUUACUGAUGUCACAGAGUCCAUCUCAGUAGAUGUUCUGCUGACAAACCUCAUCAGUGGGAACCUGCUUUCCUCUGCUCGCAUCUGGAUAACCACACGACCUGCAGCAGCUCAUCAGAUCCCUUCUUGGUUUGUUGACAUGGUGACCGAGGUCAGAGGGUUUAAUGACCCACAGAAAGAGGAGUACUUCAGGAAGAGAUUCACACAUAAGACACAAGCUAAGAGGAUUUUCUCCCACAUCAAGAAGUCACAAAGCCUUCACAUCAUGUGCCACAUCCCAGUCUUCUGCUGGAUCACUGCUACAGUUAUGGAGGAUGUGCUGGGAACCAGAGAGGGAGGGGAGCUGCCCAGCACCCUGUCAGAGAUGUACAUCCACUUCCUGGUGGUUCAGACCAAAGUCAAGAAGAUCAAGUUUGAAGGAGGAGCAGAAACAGAUCCACACUGGAGUCCAGAGAGCAGGAAGAUUAUUAAAUCUCUAGGAAAACUGGCUUUUGAGCAGCUGCAGAAAGGUAACCAGAUCUUCUAUGAGUCAGACCUGAAAGAGUGUGGCAUCGAUAUCAGAGCAGCCUCUGUGUGCUCAGGAGUGUUCACACAGAUCUUUAAAGAGGAGAGAGGGCUGUACCAGGACAAAGUGUUCUGCUUCGUCCAUCUGAGUGUUCAGGAGUUUCUGGCUGCUCUUCAUGUUCAUCUGACCUUCAUCUACACUGGUGUCAACCUAAUGAAGGGAAAACAACAUACUUCUGUGUUGUCCAAAUUAUUCAAGAAUCAUAACCUUUCAGAUCUGCAUAAGAGUGCUGUGGACAAGGCCUUACAAAGUCCAAAUGGACACCUGGACUUGUUCCUUCGCUUUCUCCUGGGUCUUUCACUGCAAACCAAUCUCAGUCUCCUACGAGGUCUGCUGACACAGACAGAAAAUACCUCACAGACCAAUCAAGAAACAGUCAAAUACAUAAAAAAGAACAUAAAUGAGGUGUCAUCUGUUGAGAAGAGCAUCGAUCUGUUCCACUGUCUGAAUGAACUGAAUGAACAUUCUCUAGUUAAGGAAAUCCAACAGUCUUUGCGAUCAGGAUGUUUCUCCAGAGAUAAAGCCUCUCCUGCUCAGUGGUCAGCUCUGGCUUUCAUUUUACUGUCAUCAGGAAAAGAUCUGAACGUGUUUGACCUGAAGAAAUACUCUGCUUCAGAGGAGGUUCUUCAAAGGCUGAUGCCAGUGGUCAAGGUUUCCAAUAAAGCUAUAUUGAAUGACUGUAAACUUUCAGAGAGAAGCUGUGAAGCCCUGUUGUUAGUUCUCAGUUCAGAGUCCUCCUGUCUCAGAGAACUGGACCUGAGUAACAAUGAUCUGCAGGAUUCUGGAGUGAAGCUUAUAUCUUCUGGACUAGAGAAUCCACACUGUAAACUGAAAACUCUCAGUCUGUCAGGCUGUCUGAUCACUGAAGAAGGCUGUGCUUCUCUGGCCUCAGCUCUGAGCUCUAAUCCAUCCCAUCUGAAAGUGUUGGAUCUGACCUACAAUAAUCUUGGAGACUCAGGAGUGAAACUACUGUUGGCUGGAUUAAAAGACUCACAUUGCUUGCGAAAAAAUCUGAAGGUGGAGCCUUCUGGAGCCCAGUAUUUGACACCAGGUCUGAAGAAGUAUUCCUGUCAGCUCACAGUCAACACAAACACCAUAAACAGAGCACUGAAACUGUGUGACGGCGACAGGAAGGUGACAUUUGAUGGGGAGGGUCAGUCGUACCCUGAUCAUCCAGACAGGUUUGAUGUUUACUCUCAACUGCUGAGUGGAAAUGCUCUGACUGGCCGUUCUUACUGGGAGGUCAAGUUGAAAGGAAACUUUUGUAUCUCAGUGAGUUACAGAGGAAUCAGACGGAAAGGAGAUGGCAAUGACUGUUUGUUUGGAAAGAACAAUCAGUCCUGGAGUCUGGACUUCUCUGAUGAUAAAGGUUUUGUUGUGUGGCACAGAAACAGAGACACCCCCAUCUCCUCCUCCUGCUCCUCCUCCUCUAACAGAAUAGCAGUGUAUGUGGACCAUCCUGGUGGCAUCCUGUCCUUCUACAGCGUCUCCAACAACAUCCUGAUUCAUCUCCACACCUUCAACACAAGCUUCUCUGAAGCUCUUUAUCCUGGAUUUAGAGUCCAUCCUGGUUCCUCAGUGGUUCUGUGUUGA